CCACAGAGGAGGAAGACCGCGCUGUGUAGCUGCUAAUGCCGAGUCGUCCGUCCGUGACAUUAUUCAGUCAUAAGGACAGCAGAUAUUAAACGUUUUUAAUCACAUAAAAGGCUCUUUUCAAGUCGGUGUGACAACUAACUCUGUCUCAUCAUUUAUAAUCGAGCUAAAGCUCCUGUAAGUCUAUAAUAUUUUGCGCUUUUCUGAAUUUCGGCCUUGUCUUGUGGUCUCCGGGCCGAGCUAACGUUAACCGCGCUAGUUAACUAUAAUCAUUAUUUUUCUCUCUUAACUAAGUCGAUAUAAAUCCCUGGAGCGGCUAUAAAGAGCAUGGGAUCCUUAUCUCGACCUCUUCUGUUGUCACUUCUGUGAUUUCUGUGUUUUUCCAUGACUGGCUGGUUAGCUUGAGCUUCACCGUAGCUAAGCUAAGCUAAGCUAGCUGGCUAAUGUGCUGUUGUGUGUGCUUCAUCAUGGCGGUGGUCAUCCGCUUACAGGGACUCAGAAUCACAGCUGGUUCUGAGGACAUUCGCAGGUUCUUCACUGGCCUUAGAAUACCUGAUGGUGGGGUUCAUAUCAUUGGUGGUGAGCUUGAGGAAGCUUUCAUAAUAUUCGCAUCCGAUGAAGAUGCGAGGCGGGCGAUGAGUCGCUCCGGGGGAUGCAUUAAGGGCUCCCAGGUCCACUUGCUUCUGAGUAGCAAGGCAGAGAUGCAGAAGGUUCUCGAGGAAAGCACGAGGACGUCUGAAGCGAACAGUAACAGAAGGUUUUACAAGGAGGGAGCAAAAAUACCACCCCCAGCAUCAGAAGGAAGACCGCCGUUAUUAAAAGAGGAAAUGAGAGUAGAUAUGCGACGAGGAGAACAUCAAGAUUUAGGUAACAGCAGAGCAUCUUCAGCUUCUCUGAUUGGCUCUCAGAAUCAGAUGGGUAAAUGUGCAUCAGAUGAGGUUGACCUUUAUUUGCACUUGUCUGGAAUGCCGUUCUCGACCACAAAGGAGGACAUCCGUAAUUUUUUAGCAGGCUUACAAGUCGAGGACAUGAUUUUCUUGAGAAGCCGUCGUGGGUUGUUUUAUGGGAGUUGUUUGGUCAAAUUCACCACCAGAGACGAUGCCAGAGAAGGUCUAAAGCGGGAUCGGCAGUACAUUGGGUCACGUUAUGUCAGAAUAAAGACUUGCUCUGAGGAUGAGUGGGUGGAGGCUGGAUGUUUUGGCAGACCAGAAGGUUCAUAUCAGAGAAAAUUCACACCAAGUCCCACUCGAUCACGCUCUCCCAUUCAUUAUCAGUCGAGGUCGAAGUCAAGGUCACGUUCCCCUUCCAGUGAGGAGUACUGCGUGCUGUACGAGAACCUCUCGCAUUCAGUUGGAAAGCGAGAUAUAAAAACAUUACUCCAUCCUGUGUUCUUGAAGGAUGACCAGAUCAUUAUUUUUGCUGAGCAGAACCAGGAGAACAGUAAGUCUGCUGUUGUGGUGUUCAAAAACCUGAAGGACUAUUGUUCUGGCUUGGCUCACCAUAAGGAAACAUUUCUCCACAGGGUUGUCUACGUGUCUCCUAUCUCCAAAGAGAAGAUGGUUGCCAUUUUAGAGUCUUUUGCUGAUUCCAGACACAGUAGAGAAGGACGGUCCAGCAGAUCAUCUGAACGAUCUCAAAAAAGCUCCCACGACUCGGAGAGAAGGUGUCUGUACGUUCGCAAUAUGCCCUUUGACGUCCGUAAAGUUGAGAUUAUGGACUUCUUCCAUGGAUUCCAGCUGGCGGAGGAUAGGGUUAUCCUGCUUCAUGAUGAGAGAGGAGCCGGGCUUGGUGAGGCUUUAGCAAUCUUCCAGACAGAAAAGGAGGCUAUGAUGGCGCAAUCUCUGAAUGGGCAAAGGUUUCUGGGAUCAGAGGUCAUUCUGACAUGCAUCACCUUGGCUCAAAUGCAGGUGUUUGGUGUCAAUCCCAAGGCAGGUGGAAGCCUACCAGAGAGGAACGUUCAGAGGAGCCCAGGACGAUACAAUGGCCCGUCUCAGUUCUCUAAUGACCGGAUGUAUCUAGAUGAACGUGAUGAUGUGCCUGACAGGCCCCACUAUGGACAGGGCAACCCUGGCCCACUUGGCAAUUCUGAGCAACCUGAUGCUUAUGGGCAGGCUCCGCAUGGUAACGGUUCUGGCUCCCAUGAAUAUGGACAGUCUGACCAACGUUUUGAUGGACCUACAUGUCUAAAGUUGCUCAAUCUGCCCACCAAAAUAAGAAUCGAUGAGAUUUAUGACUUCUGUUAUGGUUACAGAGUAAUUCCAGGUUCAGUCUCAUUGCAGUACAACAGGAAGGGAGUACCUAGUGGUUCUGCUACUGUCGUGUUCGAAACCCACAGUGAAGCAGUCACUGCUAUUCAAGAGUUAAAUGGAAGACCUAUUGGCACGAGGAAAAUUAAGAUCGUGUUUGUGUAGAGUUGGCCUUCUUUACAGAACGCGCUUUUUUUUUAAAUUAAAUUUUUUUAGCCUCUUUCAUUUUGACGCUUUGGUUUGUUUAUAUUUGGAUUGAAUGCACACUUCUUUAUUUUUUGCUGCCUUUCAAAUGUGAAGGGAUUGAUCUGUUUUGGUCACUUUAGGGUUUCUUUUCUGUGACAAUGUUUUGUUUUUUUUUUGAACAUUUACCAUAAAAAAAACUUAUAUUUCCACUUUACAAUUACUGGAGUAAAAUUUAAGGUAUUGUAAAAAUUUGAUGUCAGUAUAGUUGUGUGUGUGUGUGUGUGUGUGUGUGUGUGUGUGUAAUGAUUUAAUUUUAUUAUUAUUAUUAUUAUUAUUAUUAUUAUUAUUACGACUUCUGUUGGUGGCUGUUGUUAAAGGAGAUGAUUGAUUGCAUCAAUGUCUGAUUAAAAAAAACAAACUAA